AGUGAAAAUCAACACACAACAGAAGUGACAAUAGAAACUUAAUUGCUACUCAUUUUGCAGCUGGCUGAUCUUGUCUCCAUAUUAUGGCAAAUCUUCCUUCCCCAUGUUUCAUCUUUCUGCUCUCACUCAUCACUCUGUCAAUCAACGUAGAUGCACGACAUCUUCUAGAGGCAACAUUGCCUGAGCUUCCUAAACCUGAAUUACCUGAGCUGCCAUCACUUCCUAAGGUUGAGCUUCCACCAUUACCUGAAGUUCCAACCUUGCCUAAACCUGAAAUUCCCACUCUUCCAAAACCCGAAUUGCCUGAGUUGCCCAAGCCUGAAGUGCCCAAAUUGCCUGAAUUACCAAAACCUGAACUGCCAACUUUUCCCCGCUUGCCUGAGUUGCCAAAGCCCACAUUCCCUGCUAUUCCCACAAUUCACAAGGACACCAAACCUCUUCAGUCAACUACUAGUCCGUAAACAAUUGUCCCACAGAUAUGAUGACUUCAUCUAGUUGUUCGUAUUUCUCAGCAUCAUUUAUUUCUUUAUCAGUGUCUGAUUCAUAUAUACUUAAAUUGUAGUGAGUGUUGGUUCUGUUCCAGGCUUGUAUUUUCUGUACUUGUUUCAGCUAUACAUGAUAUAUAUUCCGAGUUUAUCUUCUAUAUA